GAGGUCCUCUGCUCAGCUACACAAAAUAAACACGGAGAAACAACAAAGACAUGCAGGUACAGUGUUAAUUCUUUGCAGCUUAUAGAUUCUCAUUCAAGUUUGAGAGGCUAUAUUUGUGAUAAUUCAUACUCCGUUUUUUUCUGUCUCAUGCUAAAGUGCUCUCUGUUCAAACUGCGUACACACCAGUGGUGUUUCCUCCUCUUCAACGUGCUGCUCUUCCAUGCCCUGCUGUUUGGGGCUGACUUUGUCGAGGAGUACCUCCUGCAGCCCACGCCUGCUGUCUACACCGAUGGCACUGUUGUUGAUGUAAGGGAGAAAGCAAGGAAACUAGACCUGAGCAAUGCCAGGGAUAAUGUGUCCCAGGCCUACCCUAUCGCUAACCCCGACGCCUGCAGAAACUCUGAUCUCUUCCUGCUCACACUAGUUUUCAGCUCCCCGGCUAACAUCACCCAGAGAGAUGCAGUGAGGAAGACAUGGGCCAACCAAACACUCAUCCAAGGCUUCCCAGUGAGGAUACUGUUCUUUUUAGGAUCAACUCAGACUUCUGCUGCACAAGAGGGCCUCAUUAGAGAGUCUGACCACUAUGGGGACAUGGUCCAAGGUCAUGCUGUGGCUGAUUCGUCCCUCCGUGGCCCAACAGAAAGGACUGUGCUGGCACUCCGUUGGAUCAUCACCUUCUGUCCUGUGGCACGCUUUGUUCUGCUGACCAUGGACUCUGUGUUUGUCAACCUUCCAGCCAUUGGAGGCUAUCUGCUCGGGCUACACAGGCACCCUGAGGACCUUUAUCUAGGUAGGGUGAUCCAGAGAGACUCACCUGAUAGGGAUCCAAAUAGUCAAGGCUACCUGCCCCCAGUUCUUUACCCUGACAAGUACCUGCCUGAAUACUGUGACGGGACGGCUUAUGUUCUGUCCCAAGACGUGGUCCGUAAAGUGUACAUAGCAUCUGCAACAGUCCGUGCACCUGUGAAAGCUGAUGUUUUUGUGGGCUUUUGUGCUCAGAAAGCUGGUGUGGCACCGACCCAUAGUGCCAGGUUCUCAGGAGAAAAACAUAUCCACUACAAUGCCUGCUGCUACCGCUAUCUGUUCAGUUCAGCGGGAAUGGGGAGCCAUGAACUAGAGACAGUGUGGGCUGACCUGGGACACAGGGAUGGAAGAUGCUCGCUGGUAAAGACCUACUCUGGCCUGGUGGCUUGCAAGGCCCUCACAUACCUGGAUAAACUGUUGGGCUAAGCCUAAUUGCAUGGCUGCCUGUUAAUUUCAGACUAUAAUCUUUGUAUGACAGAUCAGAUCACUCUAAUGGGAAAAGGAAGGAUUCAUCCAGGAAAACUGUAAUAUACAGAGCCAGAUACAAUAUAUGUAAAUAAAACUGCAGUGCUGCUUUCUAAUAGGGAAAGAUCUCCAGGAGAGGAAACAUUAAAUGUCCUUUCUUGAGUGAAUUUGCAUCAGAUUGUCUACAAAAAUAAAUUUGAUUUUGAAUUUUCAAGCGGAUAACAUUGUCACUAUAUUGUACAAUAAAUAUAGGCAUAAAUAAAAUGAUUUACAAAUAUAUUUAUUAAUCUAUAAAUAAAUAGACUAAAUUACAAAGUACUUUGAAAAAGUAAUGCACAUAUUUAUUUUUUUUAUUCUUGGCAGGACUGAAUUUCAUAGGAUCUUGUUGUCCUCACUUUUAAAAGCCCUGCACACCCACACAGAUGUUUUGAGUUGACUGGACCUCUGCUCUUGCACAGGAAAAGCACAGGUGUAAAUAACAUAAUUGCAGAUUGCUGAAUUCUGUUCAGCUGCUUCAGUUUCAGGAGCUCAGUAUUGACACGUCAAAAGGCCUGUUUUGUGAAGCCUGUGAGUAUUAAUUCCUUCUGUCUACAUACUUAAUGGGAUGUCAUUAAUGUUAAUGUUAUGCUUUUCCCACCAUGACAAGUUAAACUGUGUGCUUUAAAAAGGCCCAAAGAUGUUGUCCUGCCCAUGCAAAAUAACAAGUAGGUGAGUCAGGGAGAUUCACAGUCUGUGCAUGCCCACACAGUCCUGACGGGAGGUCUAAUCAGCAAAAAUAAUUGAGAACACCUGUGUGGGUGGACGUUUGGCGUGGGGGACUUUCAAAACCACGACAAAAUACUGUUGUGCAAUAUGAAUUCAGACAUGUAGGCUCCUUUUUAAAGAUUCUUAAGCAAAGACGUAACGUUGACAAAUAAUUAAUAACUGAGUAAAAGUCUAGAAAGUAGGCAUUUAUCAUAUGAAUCUGACCUGGCUCUGAUAUUUUUGUGGUCCCAUUUCUACAGUAUUUCUUGUUUUCAGGGAAAAUGUUAUUAUCAUAGUGGUAGUGGUAGUAGAUAAUGGCCUACAUGGCAGUCAUAUAAUAGAUAAACUAUAGAGAAACUUUCAAGAAAUGCUAUUGUUUAACACAUUAAUUCCAGGACUAGAUACAGAUUAUUGAAUGCACCACACCAACAAGGACAUCUAGUGUUGAAUAUGGGUCAUAGCAACACACUGGCCCUGCAGGCAACCAAGUCACGUAGUGUAUGUAUACAUCUGAGAAGUUUCUGUUUAACCUGUGAGGAAAACUAUUGUAAAUUAACUGAUAAUCCAGUCUUCUUUUUAAAUCU